AUGAUGUCCAUUGAUGAUGAAAUUCUUUUGGGUUAUUCCAAAAAGAGCAAUAAUACAUCCAACAGUAUCAACAUAAAUCAUGGUAACAAAGAUAAUCAUUUCUUAUUUGAUGAUUUAGUUACACCAACAAAUAGUUAUAAUAAUAACAACAGUAAUAACACUAGUAAUAAUUGGAAUAGUAAUAAUAAUAAUGGACAAAACAAUAGUUAUCGUGGAAAUAAUAAUAAUAUGAAUACAAGUACCGGAAUCAAUGGUAGUGGUAAUUUUUAUGGCGGCGGUGGUGGAAGUAAUUAUGGUACACCAAAUCAUAGCUAUUCAAAUAUGCAACAACAAUUCGGAACACCUAAUAACAGUAUGUCAAAUAUGAAUGGUAGUGGUAGUUAUUAUGGCGGUAGCUAUAACAAUCCACACCCAUUCGGCACACCAAACACCACACCACAACAAUUCAGUGCCAAUAACACACCACUGAAAAACUCAUCCACUCAACAAUUCAAUUUGGAUGACGACGAUGAAUUCUUCAAUGCCAUCAGAAGCAUCGAUCGGGAAUCGUCAUCCUCAAAGCUUGGCGACUCUACUUCGCAAUUGAAUGACUCGACUGCAUCGUACGCGUCACCAUCUUCACCGCUCUCUGGCAGCACCAAUGUUUUACCACAGCAACAGAUGACACCUCGCCAACUACAAACAUCACCACAAAGACAACCAUCACCUUCAGAACAAUCACCACUUUCACAAUACAAAGAGAAUCUAUACGCCAGUUUCAUAGAGACCGACCCAGCCAACCUGAAAGCCAUGGGUGAGCUGGUCAAGGAAGAUUCCGAUACUUUUGUCCAUGUCAUUUCAGAUAAAGAUACACUUCAAGGUUUGACCAUCAGAUACAAUUGUUCAAUUGAAGAAUUGAAACAAUUAAACAAAUUAGUUUCAAAUACAAUUCAUGAAAGAUCAGUUUUAGUUAUACCAAAAAAGAAUAAUCAAACACCACAACAAAAAGAAGAUAUUUUCAAUAAUAAGGAUAUGGAAGAGACAAUGAGAAAGAGAGUGAUUGGUAGAUUUAUGAAGAUGACAGGUUGCUCAGACCAAGAUCAAGCUGUCUUUUAUUUAGAGAGAUCUACAUUUGAUUUUUACAAGGCUGUACAUGACUACCAAAAAGAAAGUAAUAUAGAAGUGGAAUUCCCAAAGCCAGUUCCAACAUCACCACUUAGAACAGUUCCACUCUCGAUUUUGGCACAACAAGCAUCACCAACCGUAACCGUUGCAGUUACCGGUACAUCUCACUCUUCUUCUUCGCCACACGAUAUUCUCAAUAACAGUGAUGCACUGAUCAACAGUUUUAAAGAUCUCUAUAAGAGUCCACCUAGAAUAGAUAAUCACUCACAUAGUCAUCAUCACAGUCAUCACAGUCACCACAGCCAUCACAACCACGGUCACCACCACCACAGUUAUAAUAGUCAUCAUAGUACUACCUCAAGUAACAAAGCUCCUUACUAUUAA